AUGGCGCCGAAACCUGCUGCUGUGCCCUACACGGGCCAGGAGUUCAAGGAUGCGUCGAAGCCGGCAGAGAUGUCCGGCAUGGCCAAGAUCUUGCUGUUUGGCUUCUUUGUUAUCACCCGUGCCGUGCACCCGACCAUCAUUGAUGCCUCCAAGAGUGUGGAUCCGGAAACAGGCAAGAAGUUCUUUGCGUAUGGCAACAUGACAGUGGUUCUCGGCGAGACGGUCGUGACCAUCACCGUGGCUCAGCUCAUGUGCCUGUUCAUCGGCGGCAUGGACGAGUGGAGGAAGAUUUGGAGCCCCACUCCGAUGAAAGUGUUCUCCCUGAUUGGCUUCAUGUACGCCCUGGGAGACUACCUGGAGAUGGCCAGCAUGGGCUCCUUGGGAGGUGCAGCCUACCAGAUCCUUCUGCAGUCCAAGCUGAUCAUUACGGCGCUCAUGCUUUGGGGCAUCAAGGGAACAAGGCAGACAGCACUUCAGUGGAACAUCUUGGUGCUGGUCAUGUUCUCGAUGUGCGUCUACAUGCUGGGAGGCAAGAGCGACAGCAACGGUGGAGGCAUCCCAAUCAUGGGAGUCGUCAACGUCCUCCUGAAGGUCUCAGUCUCUUGCCUCUGUGGCGUGCUGUCCGACAAGUACAUGAAAGAUUUCAAGAGCGAGCCCAUCUACAUGCAGCUAGUGCAGUUCAAAUGUGCCUGGUUCGCGACUAUCCUCGUGAUCUCUUUCCUCGAUGGACACACUUGGCAGAACGGCUUCUUCAGCGGCUGGGAUGGCACCGUGUGCGGUGUCCUCGCCUCCUUCACCAUCAAGGGAUGGAGCACCUUCUACCUGCUGGCAAUUCUGGACUCCGUCCUCAAGAACAUCGGCGAGGCCUGCGCCGUGCUUGUCAUCUACGCGGCCCAGGUCGCGCUGCCAAUGUUUGAUGACCAGUUCGAGAUCCCCACGUUCCUCUCGGUGAUGGUUGUCAUCCUCUCCGUCACCGCCUACGUCGGUGCCAAAUCCGUAGUUGAAAAGGCUGAGAAGUACGACAAGCUGCAAGCGGGCAAAUAA